GUUUGGGGAAGUUUAGUGACUGAUGGUCAUCGUGUUCUUUUUUGUGUGCGUCUUUGCAGCUCUUGUUAGGUGCUUUUCAUAUAAGUUGUAAUGGCUGAUAAGGGAAAAGAAACGAUGCCUACGAGUGGAAGUGGAAAUAUGGCAAGCAGCAGUAGUAGUGUUAAUACCACAACAUUAGACUUGGAUAAUCCAUCUCAGCCUCUUUGGCGGUAUGUGAAAAAACUUGGAAAAGCACCAGGUGGUGGUGGGAAUAUAAUAUUUUCUUGAAAUUUCUGUAAUAAGACGAUCACUGGCUCUUAUACACGUUGCAAGUCACAUUUAUUGCAUAUCCCAUGUUUUGGAAUUCGACCAUGUGAAAAAGUUAGCGAAGAAUCGAUGAAGCAGAUCAAAAAAGAACACGAUGCAGCUGAGACGAACAAAUCUUCAGCCAAGUCAAGUGAACUAUCCGUUCCUCUUUUUUGUGUGCGUCUUUGCAGCUCUUGUUAGGUGCUUUUCAUAUAAGUUGUAAUGGCUGAUAAGGGAAAAGAAACGAUGCCUACGAGUGGAAGUGGAAAUAUGGCAAGCAGCAGUAGUAGUGUUAAUACCACAACAUUAGACUUGGAUAAUCCAUCUCAGCCUCUUUGGUGGUAUGUGAAAAAACUUGGAAAAGCACCAGGUGGUGGUGGGAAUAUAAUAUUUUCUUGAAAUUUCUGUAAUAAGACGAUCACUGGCUCUUAUACACGUUGCAAGACACAUUUAUUGCAUAUCCCAUGUUUUGGAAUUCGACCAUGUGAAAAAGUUAGCGAAGAAUCGAUGAAGCAGAUCAAAAAAGAACACGAUGCAGCUGAGACGAACAAAUCUUCAGCCAAGUCAAGUGAACUAUCCGUUCCUCUUUAUGCUAUUGAAGAAGGUGAAGAUGCUUCAAAGAAAAGAAAAAUGAACAUGGCAAGCAGGGAUACCAAAAAAUUAGAACAAGUAUUCAAAACUAUGGGAAGGGCAGAGAUGGAUAGAAGAAUCGGAAGGUUUUUUUUUGCAAGUUCACUUCCUUUUAAUAUAGCUAGAAGUCCUUAUUGGAAAGAUGUUGUUACAGGUUUGGCUAAUUGCAGUUUGAGUGGAUAUGUACCCCUGAGUUCAGAAAAGUUGAGAACAAUAAUUCUUGCAGAAGAGAAGGCAAACAUCGAAAAAUUAUUAGAGAAGAAGAAAUUUUCAUGGAGACAAUAUGGAGUAUCCAUUGUUUCUGACGGGUGGACUGAUAUACAAAGACGGCCACUGAUAAAUUUUAUUGCUUAUUCGCCUGAUGGACCAAUCUUCUUGAAAUGUGUUGAUGCAUCUGGGGAGUAUAAAGAUGCUGAGUAUUUAAAAGGGUUAUUUAUAGAAGUCAUCAAAGAAGUGGGUGAAGAUAAUGUUGUGCAAAUUAUUACUGAUAAUGCUCCAGCUUGCCAACGAGCAGGGAUGAAUUUGGCAAGUAAUCCCAAGUAUAGUCACAUAUUUUGGACUCCUUGUGUGGCACACAGUAUAAAUCAAGCACUUAAAAGUAUUUGCAACCCAUCGAAAGAUGAUACAAAUGCUGGUAUAUUAUGUUCUUGGAUUGAGGAGCUUGAGCAUGAUGUCAGAAACAUCAGAAAUUUUGUUGUAAACCACAACAAUGCUCUUGCUAUAUUUAAUAGGCAUUCUGAUUUGAAAUUGUUGAAGGUAGCAGAGACUCGUUUUGCAUCCAUUAUUGUAAUGAUAAAAAGAAUAAAACGGGUGAAACAUGCAUUAACACUUAUGGUGACUGACAAUGAUUGGGAGUUUUAUCGGAGUGAUGACAUUGUGAAGGCUCAACAAAUUAAAAAAUGUAUUUUAGAAGAUGAAUGGUGGGAUAAGAUUUCAUAUUGUCUGCAGUUUACAGAGCCUAUUUGGCAGAUGUUGAGAGAAGUUGACAAAGAAGGUCCCAUGCUUCAUAGAGUUUAUGAUAUGUGGGAUAACAUGAUUGAAAAAAUUCAAAACAUCAUUUUUAGACAGGAGAAGAAGAAUGUUGCACUUGAUGAUUCUGAGUUUUUCGAUCGUGUGCAUAAAAUUUUAGUAAGAAGAUGGAUUAGAAGCAAUAACCCUUUGCAUUGUAUGGCACACUCCUUAAAUUCCAAAUAUUAUGGACAAACAUGGUUGGCAGGAGGCACUGGUCGUGUUCCUCCUAAUCGAGAUCCAGAAAUAUCAAAAAAUAGGGAGAUAUGUUUGGGAAGACUAUAUUCUGAUUAUGAUCGGUUGAAGAUAAUAAAUAGUGAGUUUGCGAGCUUCUCUGGUGGAAGAAGUGAUUCAGUACAAGCUGCAAUGGCAAGAGAUGAGGAAGAUCCUGUUAAUUGGUGGUUAUGUUUUGGAGCAGCGACACCAAAUCUCCAGCAACUUGCAUUCAAGUUAUUAUCUCAACCUGCAACCUCUUCAUGUUGUGAAAGAAAUUGGAGCACUUAUUCUCAAAUUCACAAUAUCAAGAGAAAUAAGCUAACCAGUAAGCGAGCAGAAGAUUUAGUUUAUGUCCACUCCAACCUACGCUUGCUUUCACGUACUUCAGAUGCUUACAGUUCAGGAUCAUCCAAGUAUUGGGAUGUUAACCCAGAGGACAUUGACGUGGACCUUGAAGGGGAACAUGAUUUGCAUGCUCUUAAUUUGGACCUUACAGAACUUGUUGCUCCUUCUAAUCUUGAUGAUGUGACUGAGGAGAAUGAGAUUCAAGAAAGCUGAUGUAUUUUGUAUGUUAAUUAUGCGACU